AUGAAUUUCUGCAUCACGGAGGAGCGGCUUGCUAAAGAUAUGGCUGAAACCUACUCUGUGGUCGAAAGGUCACCAUCGCCGACAACCCCGACAAAUGCUUCCAGCGGAGCCACAUUUGCAAACGUAAUUAAGAAGACUGGUGCUCUGAGUGAAUGGUACGACUUGCAGCUGUCCAACGGUCCUUCCUUGGGUCAGCCCUCAACUUCUUGGGCCUCCCUGACUACAAAUGCGCCACCUCAGGCACCCGCUGAUCUAACUGUUCCUAACCCCUUCAACGGAACUUUUCAAGUCCAACCCUAA